AUGGGAGGAAACUCUCCAUGUGCUUCCUGCAAACUAUUAAGAAGGCGUUGCACCAAGGACUGUAUCUUCUCCCCUUUCUUCCCAUCUGAUGAUCCUCAGAAAUUCGCUAUUGUACACAAAGUCUUUGGAGCCAGUAAUGUUAGUAAGAUGUUGCAGGAGCUUCCAGUUCAUCAGAGAGCUGAUGCAGUGAGCAGCCUGGUCUACGAAGCUAAUGCAAGGAUGCGAGAUCCGGUGUACGGCUGUGUAGGAGCCAUCUCCUACCUCCAGAAUCAAGUCUCUCAGCUCCAGAUGCAGCUAGCCGUAGCACAAGCUGAAAUUCUAUGUAUACAGAUGCAGCAAGACCAGUCCUUGACUCAUGAGAACCUCCAUGACCAAAAUAUGAUCUCUCCUCAAGAUGAUAACUCUCUUCUCGAUCCCAUUCCUCAUCAGCUGAUGAACUUCGCUUCUUCGAGCGGCGGCUGUCAGGAUCCUCUCAAGAGAGAGUCUCUCUGGACAUAGUUCUUAAUUUGCUUAGCAGUGCUGUGAUUUCUUCUUCUUCUUCUUCUAGUAGUUUUCUGUAAGGUGUUUUCCCAUGAGUUGACUUUUUUGUUGGUUUUUGUUGUCUUGUAAUGAACUCUUAAUUAGCUCAUGGUGCAGAAGAUGUGAAUUAAUGUUUGA